UGGCGCAGACAACAGAACGACAAGCAACAAGCAAGAAGCAAGCAAGAUGCUGCGCGUUGUUGGUGGCGGCGGCGGCGGUGGUGGAGAGCAGACACAUCAGCUUCAGCAUGAGCAGGGUGAGCACCAGCACGACGGCGCUGUGGCUGCUGCGGAUGGGAUUGUGGUGCUGCCGCUUGGCGCGGGCCAGGAUGUUGGGCGAAGCUGCAUCAUCGUGGAGAUGAAUGGGCGGACAAUCAUGUUUGAUUGUGGGAUGCACAUGGGCUACAACGACGACCGGCGGUUUCCGGACUUUUCCGUGCUGGCGGACGGCGAUCUCACGUCGCGGAUCGAUGUGGUCAUCAUCAGCCACUUCCAUCUGGACCACUGCGGCGCGCUGCCGUUCUUCUCGGAGAUGUGCGGGUAUGACAAGCCCAUCUACAUGACCUACCCGACCAAGGCCAUCUGCCCGCUGCUGCUGGAGGACUACCGCAAGAUCUCCGUGGAGCGCAAGGGCGAGCGCAACUUCUUCACCAGCCAGAUGAUCAAGGACUGCAUGAGCAAGGUGCAGCCGGUUGACCUGCACCAGUCGGUGACCCUGCCCGGUGACAUUGAGAUCAAGGCGUACUACGCCGGCCACGUGCUCGGCGCCGCCAUGUUCCACGUGCGCGUCGGCGACAAGAGCGUGGUGUACACGGGCGACUACAACAUGACCCCCGAUCGGCACCUGGGCACGGCCUGGAUCGACUUCUGCCAGCCCGACGCCAUCAUCACGGAGUCCACAUAUGCCACGACCAUCCGCGACUCCAAACGCUGCCGCGAGCGCGACUUUCUCACCAAAGUGCACCGCUGCGUGAAGAACGGUGGGAAGGUGCUCAUCCCCGUGUUUGCCCUCGGGCGGGCGCAGGAGCUGUGCAUCCUGUUGGAGACGUAUUGGGAACGCUACAAGCUGGACACGCCCAUCUACUUCUCCACGGGUCUGACGGAAAAGGCAAACGAGUACUAUCGGCUCUUUGUCAUGUACACCAACCAGAAGAUCAAGGACACCUUUGUGGACCGCAACCUGUUUGACUUCAAACACAUUCGUGCGUUUGAUCGCUCGUAUGCGGACCAGCCCGGACCCCAGGUCCUCUUUGCCACGCCGGGCAUGCUGCACGCCGGUGUUGCUCUCGAGGUCUUUGCCAAGUGGGCCGGCGACCCACGCAACAUGGUGAUUCUUCCCGGCUACUGCGUUGCUGGCACCGUCGGCGCACAAGUGAUUGCGGGGAAGAAAGAGAUUCGCGUUGGCCAGCAGAUGGUGAAUGUGCGGCUGCAGGUGGAAUACCUCUCCUUCUCCGCACACGCAGACGCAAAGGGGAUCAUGACGCUGAUCAAGCAGUGCGGCGCAAAGAAUGUCGUCCUCGUCCACGGAGAGAAGAAGAAGAUGGAGUUCCUGGCAGACCGCGUCAGGAGAGAGCUCGACACGCCUUGCUUCUUCCCAAAGAACGGCGAGCGGUUACAGAUCAGCGUUUCGCCGCCGGUCCCCAUCGACAUUUCGAACCAGCUCCUCACACGUGCACCCGUGCUCCACACGAAGCAUGGACCGAUUCGCCCGCAGGAAGUGCGCGUGCACGGCGUUCUUCUCCGUCACUCCACAUCAUUGAAGGUGGUGUCGCAUCGGGAAGCGAGUUCUCGUGGUGUGGACGUGCACACAAUCACAUUCAAACAGACGCUCAAGACGCCCGCGCUGACACCCACAUCACUGGAGGCAGCGCUCACGGCAUGGUGCAAAGAGCACGACAUGUUCCUGCGGCGGCUGGGCGACACGGCGUUCAGGAUACGCGGCAUUGAAGUCCAGCACCUCGGGCGCCGAUGUGUCGUCACCGCCACCCAGUCGGACAAGCACCUGUUGUCUGAUGUGCAGAGCGCGAUUCGCGACGCUGCGCUGUCGUGACACUGCCACACGAUAUGUGGAAGCACAUUUGUUCGUUGUAUUGUGAUGCCGAACAGCACACGUGUUGCACGCUCUCGCUCCCUGACUCUCUGUUAUGAAGAUGAAGAUAAAUGCACUGCGCUGGACUAACACAAGACAGCAAGCAAUGAAGCAAGGUGGCAC